CCACAUUUUGCUCACUCAAAAAAUGCGCUCCCUUACUUUGAUUGCCACUCUAGCACUUGCUUCCAGCAGUGCUUUGGCUGCUCCAUUUCUCCCUUCCCUCGAACGUCGCAACACCAAUGAAACUGCAGACGAACUUAUUACGAUUGAUAUGACCUAUAAGAACGGCUUGUAUGCCAUUUCUCUCAACGUCGGUACCCCACCUCAAACUGAUUUUAAAGUGUUGUUCGACACUGGGUCUGAAGUGAGCUGGGUGCCUUCCUCCCAGUGCAACACUGAGAAUUGCAUUCAGUCCUCUGCUCUUUACAAUCCUGCAGAUUCUUCGACCGCAUUUUGCGAUACCACAAAAGAAGAAAAGGUUGAAUACGAGGAUGGUCGAGGCGUGUCCGUACAAAUGUACAAGGAUACGGUUGCUUUUGGCAAUGUAGACACCUCUACUCCCAUCAACUUUCAAAACUUCCCGAUCGGCGCUGCUACCGAAGUAGAGGGCUUUGAUGCCUCCGACUACCUCGGCUUUUUGGGCUACGGUAACCAAGAUGCAUUGCACUCUAUCAUCAGUGCCCUGGAAGGUGUCGAUGGCAGAUUGAGCAAGCGUUCUCUCGGUGAAUCUUCUCAGACCAGCGGCAGUUUCGGUGGUGGUACCAAGCGCUGGGAUACCAAGCAAGCAGUGUUCACGUUUGGUAUCGAUCCUUCCCGCUAUGUCGGUGAAAUCGCUUACUUUGCUCUCCCUGCGUCCGAGAAAGAAUGCGAGAAUCACUCCAUCUACUGGCGAACUGCCCUGAAGGGUGUCGGUUUGGAGGGCAAGUACGACUGCGAUCUUCCUCACAAGUCGUAUGCCAAGUUUGCUACAGGCACACGUUCCAUCAAGGCCCCCCCUGUCCACGCCGAUAUCUUGCACUUGAAAUUUGGUGCCUUUUACAACAUCUUUAAACAUCGAUACGAGUUCAAGUGCAGCAAGCUCGACUCAAUUCCCAACUUGAACUUCAAGUUUGAGAAUUAUCAGAUCAGUGUCCCUGCAUCCUUGUGGACGGACCGUAUCGAUGAGAAUGACGAGAGCGAGGACGCCAAGUGCUACACGCAUAUUCGUCGAGGUAGCGAUCGAUUCAAGGAAUGGACGCUUGGUACUAUUGUCCUGGACGAGUUUUACCAGAUCUGGGAUCACCAUAUGCUUCGCAUGGGUUUGGCCGAAACUGUCGAUGGCUCGGAUGCCAAACUCACACCCCUUUGCGAUUGCUAACUAUAAUAUAUCAAAUCUAUUAUUACUGUUAUUACACCACGAUCAUCAUCCAAUCAAACCAAAUAGCGAAUAUGAUAAUUUCUGUAUAUCACUUCAACCCAGCUUUUAAUGUUCCUUUAUUAUCCUAAUAAUUGUCAG